UCCAGGCCUCGGUUUAGUCCUUCUGGGCUCUCGCACCGUCUCGCUUUCCGUCUCAACUCGUUCAUUUGUCUGUGUCCCGGUAUAUGUUUUUCCGUGAAAGCGGCGAAGAGACGUCAGCACAGAAGGUUAAUAUGUCAUCUUGGGUUAAGGUAUCCAGGGGACAGCCGCAGAAACCCGUCGGUGGGAAAAGGAACAAGCCAAGUUGGAUACCACGCCUUUUAGACAUAAAUCCGUAUAAACCCAGCCAGAAGGCCACAUUCUCUGACAAGUACCCACGAGACUUAGAGGAACAGAACAGCUUUGAAGAACUCUUUGGACAACAGUACCAUUAUCCUGCCGGAACAGAGGAGUACUGCGAGAGAUAUCAAUAUUCCCAAAAUGACACCAAGUACAACUCUGACGACCGCCGAGAAAAACUGUACCUGCAGUUCUACCAACAGAUUCAGAAUGAAUAUCACAAGGAGAGGCCGUCGGACUGCGUGAUUGUGGCCAUCAGCAAGGAUCAGAUGGAGUACGCCACCGCCAUAGGCCAUCGAUUACAGGAUCAUGGCCUUGUGGUGGAGAUGAUUUACUUGACGUCAGAAUCUGGUCUCACGCGCGCUCUCCAAGAGGUUAAAAAUGAUGGUUCCCCGUUUUGCAUACUAGUCGAGCAAUCAAAUGUAGCUCUGUCCUCUUGCACCGCUAUCAUUCUUCAUGAUUCUAUCAAAAUACACCGUAAUAUGCCCAUGGAGGACGCGCUGGCUCUGGUAGUUAAAGCAUUCGGGAAAAUUUUUGGCGAGCGUGAACAGCAGGAACGUAAUGAGAUUUCACACAAAGCAGCUGAUCUGGCGGAUGACUACCUGGAGAGGGAGCUCUAUGAGUCUUACUCUGUCCCUCUGGACAUUAGGCAUCUUCUCUUCCUCUUAAGCGAAGGCAAAUAUUUAUACUCCGAAGAGCUGAAUGCAAUCAGUGUCUACCUGAAGACCAGGAUAACUGAGCUGGAAGGGUUUGAGGAAGCCGAUACCACAGAGGAGCCUAGCAAUCGAUACGAAACUCACGCUAGUUCCUCUUCCACACACCUGGAGAAGCCUCCCCCUCUUCUUCCAACUCCCAGCAGGAAUCCUUUUCUUGGACAAUCCAAGCCUUCCCUCCUUGGGGACAGACCUUCAGCCGGUCUCCUCCCAACGCCAGGUUUUCUAAUGGCAGACCUCGCUGAAGGUGUUGUGAAUGCUUUGUAUGAACCUGGUAUUCAAAAUAGUGGCCCUGCAUCAGAUAUUCUGGCAAAACCUCCCCCACUUCUUCCAACGCCUGGAAGGACACCAUUAAUGGGCCACGGAAAACCACCUCUCCUCCGUGAGAGACCAUUGAUUGGAUUACUGCCCAUCCCAGGAGCAAUAGGCCCUAAAGGCAAACCUCCUCCACUUUUGGCCAUGACCUCCAAAAGACCAGGUCUGCUUGGGUUUUCACCACACCUGCAGGCAAAACGUCCGCUGCUUGGAGAAAAGCCUGGUCUCCUUCCAACUCCAGCUGGUUCUGCGAAUCCCACUGCACACCAAAGGCCCCCAAAGCCCAAACCGUUGCUCAGCUAAGGACAGCAGCUUCGCCCAGCCGGCUUUCAUUAUAUUUGUUGUUCCUGUCGUAGAACAGAGCAACAAAACUUCAACAACUAAGAGAAACCCUCCACAUUCCCAUAGACACUUGUAUUUAUUUUUUUUUUAAUAGUCAUUGAUUAGUAUCUCCUAUUUCAUUGAAAUGACAAAUCAAGCUUCGGGAUGUUGUGAACCCUCUGACAAAAUAUUGAGGUUUUGUUUUUUUUUUUUCUUGUCAUAUUAUUUUCUCAGAAGAGAAUAAACAUUUUGUUUUA